AUGAGUUCAGGCUUUGGAAAUCACUCUCUGUGGAUGUUGUUCACCUACAUCUCAGGACCAACCCAGUUCCCAGAGUUCUCCAUGGUUCUCAUGCUGGAUGACAUCCAGGUGGGGUACUAUGACUCAGAGACAGAUAUUAUAAUGGAGAUGAGGAUCAGGUUGGACAUGGUCAAAAAACAGCUGAACCUGACCUCUCCAGGCGUCUACGUUCAACAGAGGAUGGGGGCUUGUGGGGUCCAGGAAGACGGUCAGCCGGAUUUCCUCACAUUAAGGGAAGGUGCAAAUGGUCAUGAUGCCGACAUCAUCCAGUGUAACACGACUCACUUCCUGUAUGGCGGUGGUGAAGGUUGGCAGUUCCACUGGGACACCAUGAGGCAGAUUUACGAGCAGAUGCGUUUCUCAAACAUCUACCUGCCCGUAUAUGCCCGGAUUCUGCAACACCUACUGGAGAGCAACAAGCACCUGGUGAUGCGUCGUGUUCGACCUCGACUACGCCUCCUAUCACAGCCAGGGGGGAGCGGGGCCCAGAUCACCUGUCUGGCCACAGACUUCUACCCUCGCCACAUCAACCUGACGCUGCUGCGGGACGGUGAACCCGUGGACGAGGAGGAAAUGACCGUUGGCUCGGUGCUGCCCAAUGGCAACGGUCUCUACCAGCUGAGGAAGACGCUGAUGGUGGAUGAAGAGGAGCUGCAGAGGAAGCACAAGUACACCUGCGCAGCGUUUCACCUGAGUCUGGACAACCGGCUGGAUGUGAGCUGGAGGGCGCAGACUUUCCACUCAUUCAGAGUCCACGUCAUCUCUGCUCCCGUCGUCCUGAUGGUUGUCGUCAUCCUGCUGCUGGUGCUGGUGCUGAUGAUGAUGAAGAUGAGGAAUAGGUUAGGGUCAGAGGGCCCAGUCCCGAGAGCGGGCCUCUCGGCGAUCGGCCCGUCGCCGACGGCGACCUCCCGACCGGUCUCCGUGGUCGGCCCGAAUUGGCACAGGUGGCCCCAUUCAACCUCUCCACCCUGCCAGCCUUGAUAAGGCAUUGCUGCACAGCAGAAAGGCUCUCGUCUGCUGUGAAGGAGCUGAAG